CAGACUCAAGACAGAGGAGGAGCGAUGAGCAGAGUUGGGACAGAAAGCUGGAGUGAGAAUCUGAGAGAAUCUGCACAGAUGCAAACAAAAAACUAAAAGAUUAGCAAAGGGCAACCUGAAGAGAAAUUUAUUCCAGCAGCAGUUAGUAAAAUCAGGAUUACUCAGAGCUGAAAGAAAAAUCAAGAAGUGUAAUAUAUUGCUACAGAGAAGAAAGUUUAGGGUCUCAAAGAAAAAAAGAGCAUUGUGUUUAACAUUGUGUCAAAGUUUAAGAAAUGCUGUCAAAGGUUAUCUCAACUGCAUAUUUGGCGCUGUGGAUCAGUUCUUGUGUCAUCACCGCGGCUGAGGAUCCGUACAUGACCAGAGCUCUGGAGCUGAUGUCUGAGACCCCACUCAUUGACGGCCAUAAUGACCUGCCUUGGCAGUUUCGAAAGCAAUUCAACAACGAGCUCAACAAAGUGGAUCUUUACACGCUGGAAAACACACACACCAACAUCCCUAAGAUCAAGGAGGGACGGCUGGGAGCGCAAUUCUGGUCGGCGUAUGUUCCCUGUGAGACUCAGUACAAAGAUGCUGUCAGACAAACACUGGAGCAGAUCGAUGUGGUUCACAGGAUGUGUCAGAAAUACCCAGAAGUCUUCAUGUUUGCCACCAGUAGCCAAGACAUCAUGGAGGCCUUCAACAUGAACAAGACAGCCAGUCUGAUCGGGGUGGAGGGGGGUCACUCGCUCGACAGCAGUCUGGGCACCCUGCGCACCAUGUACCAGCUGGGGGUCCGCUACCUCACACUCACACACUCCUGCAACACACCCUGGGCGGAUAACUGGCUUGUCGACACUGGAUCAGAGCCAUCUGAACAUAAUGGCCUGUCUCCGUUUGGCAAGCAACUAGUGAAGGAAAUGAACCGUCUGGGGAUGCUGAUCGACCUGGCUCAUGUGACUGAAACGGUGAUGAACCAGGUGCUGGAUAUGUCUGUAGCUCCAGUCAUCUUCAGCCACUCAUCCGCCUACAGCGUCUGUCCACACAAGAGGAACGUCCCCGAUGACGUUCUCAUGAGAGUGAAUCAGACGGGAGGAAUCAUCAUGGUGAACUUCUACAAUGACUAUGUGACCUGCAGCAAGACCGCUGACAUCUCACAUGUUGCAAAUCACUUUGACCAUAUAAAGAAAGUUGCCGGGGCUGGCAUCAUUGGUUUUGGUGGAGAUUACGACGGGGUGACAAGAGUACCAGAGGGCCUGGAGGACGUGUCCAAGGUGCCCAAAUUGGUGGCUGAACUGCUGAGGAGAGGAUGGACUGAUGAGGAGGUCAAAGCUGCUCUGGGAAACAACCUGCUCAGAGUCCUAAGCAAGGCUGAGGAGGUCCGUGACGGUCUGAAAAACAAGAGUCCAGAUGAUGUUCCUAUUCCAUAUGAUGAGGUGAAGAACUCGUGUAGGACGGAAUACGGUUACCCGAGCGCUGGAGCCGUCCACUCACUCAGCACGCUGGCCCUUCUGCUCACACUGGGUCUCCAGGCUCUAAUCACAUCAACAGCUUUAUAAGCUGCUUAUCAAUACAACUGAUGGUGUGUACAUCAAGAAUUUGUCAAUGAAUAAUAAAAUCUGCUUUAUAUCUCACACCACCAACACCAAAUAGUUUCAGUUUACUGUUUCAAUGUUUUUAACCACUUGUAUUUUUGACAGAUUUUAAUGGUUUUCUGCAUGUUAGUUUAGUAGAAAACUAUUUCGUGUUGUGGCUUUUGCUUUUGUGUUGUGGCUUUUGCUUUUGCAUUGUGGCUUUUGCAUUUGUUUUGUUGAUUUUGCAUUUGUGUUGUGUUUUUUUUUUUUACAGUUAUGAUAACAAAGACAGGACACAGUGAUUAUCAUGUCAGACCAAGUUGAGUUUAUUGAACUCAUCUGGCUGUUUUAUCCCUCCAUAACACCGUCAGAUAGAGGCUGCUGUGGGCAAA